AUGGCCCCUCCUCUGGUAAGCCGUCCUUAUUUAGCCGGGUUGGAUUGGAGCCUCUUCUGGGCCCUUGCAGUCCUAGAGCCCGAGUUCUGCCUUGAACUGUUAAGGUCUCUGUCUCCUGCUUCUCAUUCCCAAGGUCUCCGAACCCCUGGAGGGCAGGAACUGGAUCUCACUCAUUUUUGUGUUGCCAGGAUCCUGCACAGCAGUGGGCUGAACUGGGAGAACAGCAGCAGCCCCUCAGCCCUGUCCGCUGUCCCCAGCUUCCCCAGGGAAAGCCUGUCUACAGUGGAGCUCCACAUCAUUACAAAGAAGGGGAAACCAGUCAGGCCAUCAGCAUGGGUGGCACAGAUUGUCCUAACAGUGUGUCCUGGGCACUGCAGGACUCAGGGUGUGCAAGUUGAGAACUUGGAUUUCAUCCUGAAGGCAAAUAGGGAGCCAUGGAAGACCAGGGCUGGCACAGAGGAGGCAGCCCAGGGGAAGGCUCGUCCUAGCUGA